AUGGUGCCGCCCCCCCCGCCGCACCCCAAGCCGCUCGAGGUCUUCGACAUGGCGUCGGCGCUGGCGCCGACGAACAUCGCCGUCGUCAAGUACUGGGGCAAGGACGCGGCCCGGGGCGGCAACACGCCGAUCAACUCCUCUGCCUCGCUCACGCUCGACCCCAACGAUUUGCGCGCGGAGACCGUCAUGGUCGCGUCGCCGGAGCUCAGGAGCGACGAGCUCUAUUUAAAUGGAAGGAAGGUCGACGUGAAGGGCGACGGCACGCACGCCAAGCGGUUGAGACGGUGCCUCGCGACGAUGCGGCGGCGCUGCGCCAAGGCCAAGCACCCGCCGCGCUCGUCGAGAGCGACGUCGAGCGAGGAGCUCUCAAGGUGGGGCGUGCGCGUCGUGAGCCGCAACACGUUCCCGACGGCCGCGGGCCUCGCCUCGUCGGCGGCGGGCUACGCCGCGCUGGUCCGGUGCGCGUCCGAACUUUACGGCGUCCGCGACACGCCCUCCUUCUCGCUGAGCGCGACGGCGCGCGAGGGCUCGGGGUCGGCGUGCCGGAGCUUGGAUGGUGGUCUGGUGGCGUGGCGGAAGGGGUGCCGCGCGGACCGCGCCGACUCGAAGGCCGAGCAGCUCUUCGACGAGCGGCACUGGCCCGACCUCCGCUGCGUCAUCAUCGUGGCGUCGGCGGCGGAGAAGGAGACGCCGUCGACGGAGGGCAUGCAGCGGAGCGUCGCCACCUCGCCCUUCCUGACGCACCGCGCCGAGGCCGUCGCCGAGCCGCGGCUCCUGGACCUGCAGAAGGCCUUCCGGCAGCGCAACUUCGAGCGCUUCGGCGAGCUGACGAUGCGCGACUCGAACAGCUUCCACGCCACGUGCCUCGACACGUUCCCGCCCAUCUUCUACCUGAACGAGGUCUCGAAGCGGGCGAUCACGUGCGUCCACGCGUUCAACGCCGCGCAGAAGCGCACGCGCGCGGCGUACACCUUCGACGCGGGCCCGAACGCCGUGGUCUUCUGCGAGAACGAGGCCGCCGCGGACGCCUUCGCGGCGCUGGCCGCGACGUGCUUCCUGGGCGCCGACCUCUCGCGGCGGGGCCUCCGGGGCCUCACGAACGCGCCCGAGAAGCUGGCGCGGGCCUGCCGCGCGAACCCGCCCUCGGACGCGCUGCUCGAGGCCUGUGGCGACAAGCGGGGCGGCGCGACGAUGAUGUACCUCACCAGGGUCGGCGGCGGCGCCGCGGCGCCGCUCGCGGACUCGGCGCGCGACGCGCUCGUGGACGCGUCGGAUGGCACGCCCCAGGCGCGGGGGCGGGAGGCGUGGCAGCGCGCCGCGCCGCCGCCGCCGCCCGCGUCCGGCGCGCCGCGCGUGCUCCGAGUCGUCGUCGCCGUCGUCGCCGUCGUCUGGGCCGGGUCGCUCCUCGCGCGGCGGAAGGUGUAA